AUGACAGCAAGAGAACACAGCCCACGUCAUGGCUCCAAGUCCCGUUCUGUACAGCGGGCCUCAACUAUUGAUGUUACCACUGACAUGGUGGGACUAUCUCUGGCAGGAAACAUCCAAGAUCCAGACGAGCCCAUAUUAGAAUUCAGCUUGGCUUGCAGUGAGCUGCAUACUCCAUCGCUAGAUCGAAAACCAAAUAGUUUUGUAGCAGUGAGUGUAACAACACCUCCCCAGGCAUUCUGGACAAAGCAUGCACAGACAGAGAUCAUAGAGGGAACUAACAAUCCUAUAUUUCUAAGCAGUAUCGCCUUCUUUCAAGACUCCCUUAUCAAUCAGAUGACACAAAUCAAACUAUCUGUUUAUGAUGUCAAAGAUAGAUCUCAGGGAACAAUGUAUUUACUGGGUUCUGGGACGUUCAUUGUCAAAGAUCUACUCCAGGAGAAAUACCAUAGGUUGCAUUUAACACUAAGGUCUGCUGAAAAUGAUCGUGUAGGCAACAUCACAGUCAUAGGAUGGCAAAUGGAAGAGAAAUCAGACCAGCGGCCUCCUGUAACGCGGUCACCUGAUACAGUUAAUGGGAGGACUGUUCUGCCAGUGGAUGAAAGCUUGACAGAGUCAUUAGGAAUCCGAUCCAAAUAUGCUUCUUUGCGGAAAGAUUCAUUACUUAAAUCAGUGUUUGGUGGUGCCAUCUGUAGAAUGUACCGUUUCCCAACAACCGAGGGGAAUCACCUAAGGAUCUUGGAGCAGAUGGCUGAAAGUGUCCUCUCCCUCCAUGUUCCGAGACAGUUUGUAAAACUCCUUCUAGAAGAAGAUGCAGCAAGGGUUUGUGAAUUGGAAGAAUUGGGAGAACUCUCUCCUUGCUGGGAAAGUCUGCGUCGACAAAUUGCUACUCAGUACCAAACUAUAAUACUAACUUACCAGGAAAACCUAACUAAUUUACAUCAGUACAAAGGCCCCUCAUUUAAGGCAAGCAGUUUGAAAGCUGAUAAAAAAUUGGAAUUUGUACCCACAAAUUUGCACAUACAGAGAAUGCGAGUCCAAGAUGAUGGAGCAUCAGAUCAGAACUAUGAUAUCAUAACCAUAGGAGCAGCCGCGGCACAUUGCCAAGGCUUCAAGUCAGGGGGUCUUCGGAAACGACUGCACAAAUUUGAAGAGACCAAGAAACAUUAUGAGGAAUGUUGUACCUCGCCCAGCUGCCAAUCAAUAAUAUACGCACCACAGGAUAUCAUCAGAGCAAAGGAGAUUAUUGCCCAGAUCAACACCUUAAAAACCCAAGUCAGUUACUAUGCUGAGAGGCUCUCUAGGGCAGCCAAGGACAGAUCAGCUAAUGGCCUUGAAAGGACGCUUGCCAUUUUAGCAGAUAAGACAAGACAACUGAUUACUGUCUGUGACUGUAAAUUGCUGGCUAAUUCAAUACAUGGACUAAACGCUGCUAGACCUGAUUACAUUGCCUCGAAAGCAUCUCCCACCUCAACUGAGGAGGAGCAGGUGAUGCUCAGGAAUGAUCAAGACACUCUUGUGGCAAAGUACACGGGAAGAAAUAGUCGAUCUCUCCAUGCAGACUGGCAUGAGGCAGAAUGGGAAAAAGUUUGGUUGAAUGUCGACAAAAGCCUAGAGUGCAUCAUCCAGAGAGUUGACAAACUUCUCCAGAAAGAGCGAUUGCAUAGCGAGAGCUGUGAGGAUGUUUUCCAGUGUGAUGUCAGCGGGCCGAGUAAGAAAGGUAAUCGGGAUAAUCGAGCCUAUUGGAUAAAACCGGAAUCCUCACAUGACAUCUCAUCAUGCUCCCUCUCCAUGCCAUCUGCUGCCUUCCAUUCUCAUUGGAGCACAAAUAGCAGCCCCCCUCCUGAAGAAUCCAGCCCAGGUGAAUGGAGUGAGGCUCUUUACCCUUUGCUGACGACACUCACAGAUUGCGUAGCCAUGAUGAGUGACAAGGCCAAGAAAGCAAUGGUUUUCCUGUUAAUGCAGGACAGCGCUCCAACAAUAGCUAUGUACCUGAAGCUCCAGUAUCGCAGGGAUGUUGUCUUCUGCCAAACUCUGACUGCACUAAUUUGUGGGUUCAUCCUCAAGCUAAGGAACUGCCUCCAUGAUGAUGGUUUCCUGCGGCAACUCUACACCAUUGGAUUAUUAGCCCAAUUUGAAAGUCUCCUCAGUACCUAUGGUGAGGAGUUGGCCAUGUUAGAGGACAUGAGCCUGGGAAUUAUGGACUUGAGGAAUGUAACCUUUAAAGUAACGCAGGCCACAUCAAAUUCAUCAACAGACAUGCUCCCUGUAAUCACAGGAAAUCGUGAUGGAUUUAAUGUGAGGAUUCCAUUGCCAGGCACGCUCUUUGAUGUGCUCCCCCGGGAGAUUCAGAGUGGCAUGCUUCUAAGAGUUCAACCUGUCCUGUUCAAUGUGGGGAUUAAUGAGCAACAAACUUUGGCAGAGAGGUUUGGAGACACAUCUUUGCAAGAAAUUAUAAAUGUGGAGAGUUUGGUGAGAUUAAAUUCUUACUUUGAGCAAUUCAAGGAAGUUUUACCUGAUGAUUGUCUACCUCGAUCUCGUAGUCAAACGUGCCUGCCUGAGCUGUUGCGGUUCCUGGGACAGAAUGUACAUGCCAGGAAGAAUAAGAAUGUGGAUAUUCUCUGGCAAGCUGCUGAGGUGUGCCGAAGACUCAAUGGAGUCCGAUUUACCAGCUGCAAGAGUGCCAAGGACAGGACAGCUAUGUCCGUGACUCUGGAGCAAUGUCUGAUCCUGCAGCACGAACAUGGAAUGGCUCCCCAGGUCUUCACCCAGGCUCUGGAUUGCAUGAGGAGUGAGGGUUGUCGGCGAGAAAAUACAAUGAAGAAUGUUGGAUGUCGCAAGUAUGCAUUUAAUUCCCUGCAGCUGAAGGCUUUCCCAAGGCAUUACAGGCCACCAGAAGGAACAUAUGGAAAAGUUGAAACAUAAAUAUACUGUGUCCUCUAAUUAGCUGUUACACAAUAUAUGUGGGUACACUCUAGUUGAAUUCUUCAUGAAGACCAGAAUUUUUUUUUGGAACAUUUCACCCUAGAUUCUAUU